GCCGGCAGGCAGCGAGGUUCCUGGCACUACUUCCAGGACGCUCCGUGGCCCCGCGAGUCCCAGUACGGGGGCCGCGAUGCACUCCCUACUCGGCCUCCUCAUGGUCUUCGCUGGCAGCACCUUCGCCCUGUACUUGCUGUCCACGCGACUGCCUCGCGCGUCGACACUGGUCUCAGCCGAGGAGGCUGGAGACAGGUCACUGUGGUUUCCCUCGGACCUGGCUGAGCUGCGGGAACUCUCCGAGGUCCUUCGAGAAUACCGGAAGGAACACCAGGUCUACGUGUUCCUGCUCUUCUGCAGUGCCUACCUCUACAAACAGAGCUUUGCCAUCCCUGGGUCCAGCUUCCUGAAUGUUUUAGCCGGUGCUUUGUUUGGGCCGUGGCUGGGCCUUCUGCUGUGCUGCGUGCUGACCUCAGUGGGUGCCACAGGCUGCUACCUGCUAUCCAGUGUUUUUGGCAAACAGCUGGUGGUCUUAUACUUUCCUGACAAAGUUGCCCUGCUGCAGAAGAAGGUGGAGGAGAACAGAAGUGGCCUGUUUUUCUUCUUACUGUUUCUGAGACUUUUCCCUAUGACGCCAAACUGGUUCUUGAACCUCUCGGCCCCAAUUCUGAACAUCCCCAUCGUGCAGUUCUUCUUCUCUGUUCUUAUCGGUUUGAUCCCAUAUAAUUUCAUCUGUGUGCAGACGGGCUCCAUCCUGUCCACCCUCACUUCUCUGGAUGCUCUUUUCUCCUGGGAAACUGCCUUUAAACUGCUGGCCAUUGCCCUGGUGGCCUUAGUUCCUGGAACCCUCAUUAAAAAAUUUAGUCAGAAAGACCUACGUUUGAAAGAAACAAGCAAUGCUCACUCUCUGAAUAGUAGGAAGGUCACGUGAUCUCGGUCCCUUGGCUGCUAUCUCCCUGGACUCUGUUGCUUAUGUAUGUGAUGGAUGUGGUCCUCUGAAGCUCCUCAUUGUUUUUAAAUUAUUCUCAGUAGGUGAUCUGGACACUAUUCUUCUGUGUGCUCUGUCCUGUCACGAAGGACACUGCUCUGGAAGGUGAAUCGUAUCAGGUUCUCAAACCAACCAAGAUUUAGCAAGACACUGCAAAAUGGAUGGCCUCCCAGGAAAUCCUGUUUGUAUUUUAUUGAAUAACAAGGAACUCAGGGUAGUGUGUCAUACUUGCCUCUUGCCAAGCCCUGAGCUGUCUUGGGAGAGGAUGCUGACGGCCCUUGUCUGGCGUGCCUCUUCCGUGCAGGGAUUGGCUGUCGUGACAGGUUUUAUCUUUUUAUGUCCCUUGUGGACAAGCUAAGUGUAGAUUAAUGACGUGAACCCACAUCACUGACACCACACUUUCUGUUAGUCUCCUGAAGAGUGUUUCUUCAGUACACGUUUUUUUGUUUUUUUAUUUUGCUGAUGACCUACCUCUUGCAUUAAUCAAGGGAAACAAGCUGACAAACUGCAUACAAUUUCCAUGUACAGCUCCAAAGCACAGUGAUUGCUGUGAUGCUCUUUGUGUUCAGAUGCACUGAUAUUACCGCAUAUGUCACAUCUCCUCUUGGUUGCAUGUCCAGACAAUUCAGCUGAUUGCAAUUGGACUAUUAAAUAUCAGUGGAGCUCACUGUAUGUUAUGAAUAUGUUCUGGAGAAGUGCUUACCCAUCUGAAUGUGCAGAGCCCUCAACUCACUUGAACCAAAUGACCAUCAGUACCUUUUUUCUAGUCUGUCCUUUCUGUGUGAGAAUGCCUCCUCUGUCUUGCUGGGAGAUGGACUCAGUACAUGGUACCAGCUGGUACACAGGUACCAGCCUGCGUGCCCUCCAAAUGCUUUUUUUCAUUUCCUGAAAAUAACUGAGGGAUAAUUGUUUUAUCUUUCAAUUCAGGGGAAUUCAAGGAGAAAGCUUUGCUUUGGAUUACUUUGUUGUGUUGUGUUUUAAUGAAUCUGUAGCUGUCUGCUUUCUAUAGCUGUAGUAUUGUAAUUGGCACAGAUCAAUUCAGUUCCAAGGACAAACGACAUUGGCACCUAAAAUGACCAGCUCUGGGAUCCUGUGCCCCAAAGGAGUAAGUCAUCAUUUCUUAUCAGAACUCUUGCCCUUGGGCACCAUCUGCUGGCUUUUGAUUUGACUUGGCCAAGAAUCUUGCCAAGGCUUAAUGCAGAUCAGUUGUUCUACACGAAUUCUUGGGAAUACUUGUUCACUAUAAAGAAUGAAUUCCCAAGCAGUGUUUUUUGGACAUAGUAUAAUCCAAAAAAACAUAACAAGGACUUCAUUUUUAAGCAUGUGUUGCUUUAAAAGAAGCUUGAGAACAAGAAUGGGCAUGAAGAGGAUACCAACUGGACUUGGAAAUCCAUGGCUCUUUGUGAAGCUCUGUGGUAGGAGGGAGGGGAGACGCCGGAAGCUCUCUGCACUGCUGAAAGCGUGUGCCCUUUGCCCUUUACCUGGAUCCUUGGGUUUGUCUCUCUCCUUCCUCCCCCUUGACUUCGCAACAAUGUGCCUUAGCAGUUGUGACUUUACAGGCAAAGCAGUUUCCCAAAUAAAUGGAUAUAUGUAUUCUG